CUGUCGGCGCCCGGUGAGGUCCGGCUAGGGCUGUGGCGGCGCCGGAGCGUGCUGGGACUCGGGACCAGAUCGUGCCUGCGCGGCCUUGGAUGAGAGCCCUUGGGGGAAGCUCGGCUCCUGUAUUCCGAGUCUUCCAGAGACGCACGAGAUGGAAAAAGGCAAAGCGAGGUGGUACGGAGAGCCGCAGGCGCAGUCUUCCCCGUCUCGCCCUCUGCAGCGUCCCGGGCGUUGGCACCCGAUGUCUUCCGUCGCUGGAAAGGCUCAGGCCGCCGACGAGGCGGGAGGACUGGAGCGGAGGCCAGGGCCGGAGGUCUGCUCCUUCGAUGCCGGCCCUCGCCCUGUCCGCGACCGAGGUCGAAGACUUCGCGACUCCGCAUUGUCGCCCGACUCCCAGAGAGGGACCCUUUCGGGCAGGGCAGCUGAAUGUAGCUGAGUCUGGGCAAAGAGAAGCACAAUUUAAAAAAUUGUUUGGGGGGCCUGCCAUCGCCGAGGGUAUGCGAUGGGCAUCAGCCGGUGAGUCACCUGUACAGUGUUUGAGCCCUAGGCUCAGUAUGAGACUGUUGGUGAGGAAUGUCAGCCCAGGUGACAUUGUUUUGUAAGUGGAACCAGGCUCUGGUGCAAUGAGCUUAUACUUGUCAAAAGCAGAUAAGAGAUUGCGAUAAGUGAGCUAGAUUGAGAUAAGAAAGCAUUCAAAUCUUUCAUAAUAAAGAGAUAAAGAUCUUUGGGAAAUCCCUGUGAGAGAGCAUUUUCCUUGAAACCAAAUGUAAGCAGCUACUUUGUUUUGCACAUUUAUGCCAGUCUUUCUUUUCUUGCUCGCUCUCUUUCCUCAGUCCCAGCAUCCCACAUGGGUGCCAGUUCAUGUUCCAGCUGCUCCAUUUCUGAUCCAGCUCUCUGCUGAUGUGCCUGGGAAAGCAGCAAAAGAUGGUCCACAUGCUUGGGCCCUGCCACCCCUGUGGAAGACCAGGAUGAAGUUCCAGGCUCCUGGCUUUGGCCUGGCCCAGGCCCUGCUGUUGUGGCCAUUUGCAGAGUGAAAAAUCUCUGUCUCCUCUUCCCCCACUCUGUCACUCUGCAUUUCAAAUAAAUAUUUUAAAAAAGAAAAAUACAUAGAUCCUGAGUGUAUGCCACAAUGAAUUUUUACAUGGUAGCCAUAUUUCUAAAUUUGUAAUAUCAGAAGAGUGUCAUAGCAUUGAAAAAUCACAAACUGGAGUGGCCAAGAAAUACUGCCAUUCAUCUUUGGGAUAGAUAUUUUCUCCUCCGUAAUUUUCCUUUUCAGUUUUUUAGCUUGUGCUACUAUUAAUGUUCAUUUGUCCCCUGAGAAUAUGAGCUGCCUGGAGUUACAGUCCAAAAGACAUCUUAUCUUGGAGUGUAAAUUUUUCAUUAGUAAAUUAUAAAUUGAUCUCAGAUAGCCUCCAGAUGGCGUCAAAUGACCACAGAUACACAUAGGUGGACAAUUAAUUGCCUUAAAUUAACAUAUGGUGGGGCCCGGCACUGUGGCGUAGUAGACUAAGCUUCCACCUGCAGCUCCAGCAUCCUAUAUGGGUGCCAGUUCAUGUCCCAGCUGCUCCUCUUCCCGUCCAGCUCUCUGCUGUGGCCUGGGAAAACAGUAGUAGAAGAUGGCCCAAGUGCUUGGGCCCUUACAACCACGUGGGAGACCUGGAAGAAGCUCCUGCUCCUGGCUUCAGCUCAGCUCAGCUCCAGCUGUUGUGGCCAUUUGAGAAGUGAACCAGCAGAUGAAAGACCUUUCUCUCUGUCUUUAACUCUACCUCUCAAAUCAAUCAAUAAAAAAUCUUUUUUUUAAAAAAGUUAACAUAUGGAAUUCCUCUCUGGAGUUGCAUUAUUACUAUGUUAAACAGUUUGAAAGUUCUUUAGAUAGGCAUAAAAAUACAGAUACCUUUUAAAUAUAUGAAAGGUUCAGUCCCAUCCAUAUAAAAGAAAUGCAAAUUAAAACUACAGUGAUGGGGUGGACAUUUGGCCUAGCAGGUAAGCAACCCAGUACCUGGGUUCCACUCCAGAUUCCAGCUUCCUACAUCAAAAUGGUUGGCUCCCUGACACACGUCGGGAGACCUGAGUUGAGUUCCUGGCUUCCAGCUUCAGUCUCCUACCCCUCAAGCUGUUGUAGGCAUCUGGGAAGUGAGCCAACAAAUGGGAUCUCUGUGUCUCUCAGAUAAAUAAAGAAUAAAUAAACUACAAUGAUAAACUCCAUUCGUUUUUUAGAUGGACACAGAUAAAAGGUUUAAUGGG